AUGCAUUCAAUGGGUCAAGUUGAAACAGGCGGCAUCCAGUCGUUGUUACUGGCUUCCUCUACGCAGCCCGUGUACUUGAUAGCGGUGCAAGUCGAAGGAGGACAAGCGUUUAGCGACGAGUUUUACAAGAAAUUGUUGACCCCGCUAUUGGCUGGAAGCGACUACACUUUGGCCAGGUUGACCGCGGAGACAACCACUUCCUACCACCACUUGCUCGACACGGGAGUGUUUGACGAGGUGAAGGUCCGGGUCCAGCCAGACUACUACUCGACAGCUCCAUCGGUAAAGUCGUACAACCAUGAGAAAUCGAUCCCGGCAAAAGUCACCUUUGACGUUUCCCCUACUCCGCUCAACACCAGCCAGGGGUUUCUCAAGUUUGACGCUGAGGACUUUCUAAACCUCCAAUUGAACCAUGUAGAUAGCAACUUCAACGGCAACGGCGAGGUUGUCUCCGUGGGGGUCGACUACAACCCGUACAAGCCUCAUGACCAUUUAUUGAGCCAGUUUAAGUUUGCUUCCAGUUUGAAAGACCCGCGGUUCAAGGUUGUUUUGGACGGUGGGUACAACACCAAGGACAACCACGCGUGGCUGGACUUUCAAGAGAAUGAAUUGGGUGGUAAAAUAGGGAUCCAGUAUAAGGCCCCGGGGCCAUGGAGUGUUUUUGCUGGGUUGUCGUUGUUCAAGAGGAACCUUUAUGAUAUAGACGACAGCGCGCUGGACAAUCUCAAGUUCUUUGGUGGGCAGUUUUUGAAGUCCAGCGUUGCUGGUAGAGUCUGCUACAAGAAUGUUUCAUGUUUGGGCAAAGUGUUCCCUACUGAUGGAAUCGAGGUGGAGGCCGAUGCCGAGUUGAGCUCCGUACAAGAGCAAGCAAACCCCAGUAACAGCGGCGAGUUUGCCAAACUGAAGGUUAGACUAGGCCUCUACAAGUCGUUCCUUAACAUCACCACUAGUUUCACAGGGGAGGUUGGAGGCAUUUACAACUUCAACAGCAAGUUCCCCGUCCACACCUUGGACAAGUUUUAUCUCGGCGGACACAGCUCGUUUGUCGGGUUCAAGCAAAACAGCGUGGAGCCUAGUGGAGGGUUACUGUUUUACAAAUUGCAGGCCACUAUGCUUACAAAAGUGCCCCGGCUCUUCUACGCUCCGCCACAUAACGUGGAACCUACUUCCCCAUUGAGACUAUACUGUACAGCAUUACUAGGCAAUGUGGAUUCCAAGUUUUCCCUUACUGACAGCACCGCCGCGCUCUCGUACGGUGCCGGGUUAAAGUAUUUCAACCAGUGGGCCAACUUUGACUUGGGGUAUUAUUUCAGCAAGCGUCUGGGAGGAGACGAGAGUGCAGGCGUGCAGUUUUCAAUCUCUAUUGGCGCCUGCAAUCAUAGAUAG